AUGGAUGCCGAUAAGCGGCUACUGCAGGAGGUGCAGAAUGGGAACUUGAAAGGCGUGGACGAAGCGUUGGCAGCUGGCGCGAAUGUGAACGGAUCAUCACGCCUUUCCUGCCGACCUCUCAUAUGCGCUGCCAGAUGGGGCAACUGCAAGAUUGCCAAGCGGCUGAUCGAGAAAGGAGCGAAUUUAGAGCUGGCGGUUACCGAUGAAACGGGGUUUGGUGGGAUCAGCCCUUUGUACCCCGUCGGCUCGAACGCUCUGCACGCGGCGGUAUCGUUCGGCGUGGAAGUGGGCAUGAUCCGGGUGCUGCUUGACGGAGGAGCAAACCCCGACGCGCAAGACAUCGACGGCUGUACGGCUCUCGCGAACGCGUGCUCGGUUCUCGAUCCGGACGAGCGCUUGGCGAUGGUGCGCGAGCUGCUGCGGGGAGGCGCCACUGCCUUCUCCAAGACCUUCAAGGGUACGUCGCCGGCCCACUUUGCGGCAUCAAAAGGCGACUGCCGACUGCUGGAGCUCCUGCUCUCCGAGGCCCCCGCGAUGAUAAACCACGUCAACGAUGAUUUCGGAACACCAAUGGCUUUCGCCGCUAGCACCGGCCAAGACAAAGCGGUGUCCUUUCUGGUAUCCGCAGGGGCGAGCGACGAGGCAGUCCUCUCCCACGAACGGGGAUCGCUCUUCAUGGCACUAUGCCGGGGCUUCACCAACGUUGUGCGUGUCCUCCUUUCAAGCCCGGAGGCACUGAAAGCCGCCGGGGGCUAUGACGAGAUUCGCCACGCCAUGUGCUGGGCGAUGCAACAGGGACAGCCCGAAAGCCUUCGAUUGCUGAUCAGCGUAGGGGGUAAGACCAGGUAUUGGUCCAACCAGCUCGUGCUCGUGCCGGGCAGGCUCUCCGACAACCAGGUUGAAGUGCCUGCUUUGCAGUGUGCUGUGUGCUAUCAGUGCGUUGAAUCAACGAAACUCCUCCUCGAGGCGGGGGCGGACGAAAGGUUCUUGACCAAUCACAAGCCCGCAGAUCUACUCGGUGCUGUUGGACUGCUCCUGGAUGCCGAGGACAGAGACCUGCAGAAGGCGGCUGAAAUUGUGCGAGUGCUACGGAGAGCACCAGCUUUCCGGGCUCGAUCAUGGAGGUGGCCUGGGGCGACAGCGACUCCUCCUGUGGACGCGGGUUCCGAUCCUGGUGACGAUGCCGCCACACCGUUGGGUGCACAGAUUUUCUGGCCGGCAGGCAGAAACUUUUUCACCAAGCGCUUCGAAAAGUACGCAAAGAAGUGAAGACCAACAACGGAAGCAGGAGAGCACGUUUCUUUUACGUGCGCACAUGAGGAGUACUAUUGUAGGCACCGCGGCACCUGUUCACGACCUAUCGGCAUCUUUUGGAGAUCGCGUACCGCUCUAGCCGUAGCGAUAUCACACCGAAAUCGGGGCCAUGUUUCGUGGGUGGGAACGGUUGUGCGUGUUCGGUUUGAAGUAUGAUAUGCGACGCGCUUCAUUGCUGUGUUGCGGCAAUGGCGUUAGUGACGCCGUUUACCACGUACCAUGCUGUUGUGCACCAAAAGGUGAAGAAAAAAUAUGGUGGCGGUAGACAGCAGUCACAAUUUUGGAGGAUAGUGGGUGUUGGGCUUCUCGUUAGUCGCAAAGUUUAAGUUUCCCAGUCUUCACCUACAGCAGCAGUACCUGCGAAAGUGGAGGGUUACCGCGUAGAUUUGUGUACCGGUGGUUGCUUUGGCAACUGCUAGAUCCCGGAACCGUUUGGCUGUUGGGGCAAUAAUGUCCGAAUUACGGUGAGAGAGUAAGGGCAGCGGAGAUGGAAGCACCCAAAUAUGUGUACCAUGUGAUGGAAGAAGGCGACCCCUCUUCAUUGUGGAGUAACAAACUUUUCGUAAGAACGUUUUUCGCUCGUUGGAAUGACUCUGAGAAGCAAUCAUGAAAUCCAUCGCGCACACAGCGUAAGCAACGUAUGUGUGGCUGAAUGUAUGUGUUCAUGUGUGUGUUUGUAAAAUUUAUGGUCGUUCACAUCGAAGGCCAGGAUAUCUACUGCUUGCUCUGCGAUUGACAACAUAACUGGUGAAUGAGGUUGAUUUAUUGCCAAGGUUGUAUGCGAGAAUGUUAAUGUUCGGAUGGAGAAUGACUUGACGUAGCUUAGGUUGCUGCAACAAACUCAAAUAAAUGUUGAUUUGUCUUCAAAACUGCUGUGUGUAGUGUUUUUCUUGAAUUUCUCUUUUUUUUGCUUCGCGAGCGAGUGGUUCAAAGAGCUAUUUUUGCGGUUGCUUUGUUGUUUUGAUAUCUCGUCGGAGUCGAUUUCAACUGGCGGGAGAGGGUAGUCCACGACGUCCUUCUUUCUGGUGUAUGGAUCCCCCCCCUCCCCCCCUCCGUCAUGUUUAGGGUCUGCGUCAUCGUGUGUUUUAUUGUUCGUGACGGGUUAGAUCGGUUUCACAAGUAUGCAUGAUUUUAGUCUUGAUCCUCGGCCUAUUGGUCGAAAGUGAAGUGUGACGAAGACCGGGACAGAGUCCAGGACAGGGUUUGGUGUGGUACAUAUUAUAUC